CUCUUGAAAAUCCUAUAUCAUGGACAAAGUAUACCUGAAGAAAUUGUGCUCCAGCUAAUUCUUGAAAAACUGAACUCACCUGAAGUAGAGCACUAUGGUUAUGUUCUGAGUUGUUUGCCCUUUAUGUCUGAGCGCUGUCUGAAGAUUAAGGAACAGAUUGAGUUAUUAAAAAACCUUAAAUUACCUCCUGAUUUUAUCAUAAACAUUAAGUGUUCUGACACUGAUUUGGCCGAGAGGCUUUCAGGUCUGAGGCAGUACCCAGAGACAGGCCAGUUUUACGAAAGGGGUGAGUGGAUGCGUGAUGUUGUCUCCACCUCAAAGAAGGAAAAAGAAAGCACUACUGAAGAGGAAGAGGAAGAAGAGGAGAUGGUGGAAGAAGAGAUUAAAAAAGAGAUGAUCGAUCAGAUGGUGUGGAGACCAGAAUACCUAAAAGACAACAUGGAAGAUAGAAUUAACACCUACAAAGAAAUUAUGCUCAAACCUUUAGAGGACUACAUCACUCAGCACAAUCCUGUAAACCUGAUGGAGCUGGAUGGAAAUGACAAACCCAAUGAUCUGCACUUGUAUGUAAUGUCUCGACUUGGAGGUAUGGCCAUUCACCAUGCAUCACUCCCUGUUCUUCUCAGCAAUGAUGAUGACAAUCUGCCAGAGGACACUGAUAUGGAAGACCUUAUGAGAAUGAUGUCAUCCUCCAAUGUUGUGGCCCCAGGUUUCAGAUGGAGAAGGAGUCGCUGGGGAGGAACCUGUCCUGUAGCUCUUAAAGAGGGCAAGAUUGUCCCUGGCAUACCUGAUUUUUGUGUGGGUUUUCAGGACAAAAUGUACAUCCUUUCCAAUGCAGAGGCCUACGAGAAGUUUAUUGUAAAUCCCAGAAGAUAUUUAGUUCCUCCAAUGCCAAGACCUCCGUGCCGAGUUUGCAUCAUCGGCCCUUCUCUGUCAGGGAAGAGCACACUGUGUAAUCUUGUGGCCCAACAUUACAAUGCACAUGUGUUAGAUGUGGACAUAUUAGUUCAAACAUCGCUCCAACAAACGGAACAAGAGAGACUGGAGAGAAUCAAACAGGAGAAUACAGCUUCAGCUAUUGAAAAAAUACAGGCCAUGCUAUCUUCAGAUGAUGGGGAAGGUACAGGCAAGUUAACAGAUGAUCACCCAGAAGUACAGGCAUUGGUGCAUGCAGCUCUUGAAGAAGCCAAACAGGUCACUUUAUCACAACUUGACAAGUACAUACUAGUACUGGCGAAACAUAUAAGGGAGAUAGAACAAAUGAACACUGGUGCAGAUGUUCCGAGUGGUUGGGUACUGGACAACUUUCCUAGAAAUGUCUUAGAAAUGGAGGCCCUACAUCAGGCUGGAAUCUUGCCUGAUGUCCUGUUUUGUCUUGAAGACGGUGAAGAAAACCUGUUACUGAAAAGACUAUAUGAGAAGAAUAAGGACAGUGUGGAUGAAGCUAUAAAGACUAGACUACAGAAAGAACAUCUGGAGAAGGAAAAAGAGGCGUUAAGACUAAAAAUAGAGGAAGAGGAAAAAGCCAAUGUUGCAGAAAUAUUGUCUGUUGAUAAGACAGAAGAAACUCAGGAAAAUCCAGUGAUGGCAGACAUAGACAGCUCUGAACCACAAGAAGUAAAUGACCAGCAAAAAGAACUGCUGAAGCAAUCUGAAGCAGGCCAAGACACACUUUCAGAAAUCAUUGAAGAAGAAGAGGUGCCUGACCAACUGGAGUAUGACCAUUUUGUGGCCCAUGCAAAAGCAGAAGAAAUCUCUCAGCAGCCCAUUGUUGACAGUUCUGAAACUAUGGAGAGAACAGAGCAGCACCAGCAUGUUGACCUCCCUGAUCACUGGGAGCUUGGUUAUCCAGAUGGCCCUGAGAUGAAUGUGCACAAAAAGUAUCUUCAGCAAUUUAUGCAUGAGUGGGAUCAAAUGCAGGUUUUUUCAAAUGUCACCUACUCAAUUCUGGAGUUAAGCGGAAAGAAACCUGAACAUCUACUUGAGGAGGUGGUCUCUGAGAUGGAAAAACCCUUCAAAUAUGUGGCCAGUGAGCUGACAGGGGCAGAUCUGGAAGAAGAGGCAGAGGACAUGGCCGAGUUGCAGAGAGAAGAGGAAGGUGACGAUGAUGAGGAGGCAGAGGAUGAGGGUGAUGAGAAGAUUUCAGUCACAAGAUUAUUUGGUGACACUUAUCACUUUUGUCCUGUGGCUUUGAAAAACAACAAUGUCCUUAUCCCCGGUAAUGAUGAAAAUGCAGCAAAAUUCAAGGAGAGAAUCUACUACUUUUCCAGUCCUGAGGCUAGGGACCUUUUCAUUGAAAAUUCUAAGCAGUAUGUGGCACAGACUGAUCCGCUGAAGCCUCCAGCUUUAAGGGUCCUCAUGAUUGGUCCUCGAGGAUCAGGAAAAACCACUAAUGGGAAAUGGUUGGCCCAGCAGCUUGGCCUAUUUUAUAUUGAAUUUAGGGAGAUACUGCAAAUGCUCAUCAUGGAAAAGACCAAAAAGGCAGUGACCUACUCUGAUGAAGCGGACACUUCUGAAGACCCAGCUGAAGAUUUGGAUGCUCUGAUCAAAGAAGCCAGGGGAGAGGUGGAUAGUGAAGAGGAAGUGGAAUUGACAGAUGAUGAAAAGCAAAUUGUAGCUUACCUGUCUGAUGGAGAACCACUUGGUCUAGAUAUACUGGACACGGUCCUCAUCCCUUAUUGGAAACAGGAGCCAUACAUGUCUACAGGGUUUAUUUUAGAGGGUUUUCCUUCUAAUACUGAAGAGGUGGAUUACCUUGCACAUCAGCAGCUCUUUCCUGAUGUCGUGGUCGCAUUGGCGGUGGAUGUCGGCGAGAUACAAGUUCGUCUGUUGCCAAAAUAUCUUGAGAAUUGGCGGGAGCAAUGCAGCCAUCGGCAAGCUCAAGUAAAUCUACUGCAGGAACUUCGUCAAAAAAAUCGGGAGGAAAGAAUUGCUGCAAGAAGGGCUGAAUUAAUGGCAGAGAUGCUGGCUAAUACAAAGGUGAAAGGUCAUAAUGAGGAUGAUGAUGAAGACGAGGAUGAAGACGAAAAGAACCUAGAGGAAGAUAUUGAGGCUAUGCUGGAGGAGGAGUUCCCCCCAGAGGAGCAUGGUGAUGACUUGGACAAUGAAGAGACAGAGGAAGUGGCCACUGAACGCCUGCAGAUGGACAUAGCCAAACGAUUUGCAAAAGAUGAAAAUAGCAUUAGUGUUAUGAUGGACCUGUUAAGUGAGCAAAAUAUACCAACAAUUUCCAUUAAUGCAAGCAGCAAGCCCAAAAGAGUGAGGCAUCAGCUACUCAACAAUGUACAGCCACUUCUAACCAAUAGAGAGUCGCUCUUUCAAAAAUGCCAACCAAUUACAUGUCCCCAAGCCCAUAAACUGCUGUCCUCCUCCUACAAAUAUUACAGUGCUUUUGGCUUUUGGGAUCCAGUUCAGCUAUAUAAUGAAAGAGACAUAAUACAUCCACAAUUAUGGCCUUUUGAUCAUUCAUAUCCAUUGAUCUUCAACCAUUUUAUCUACUUCUUUGAAUCUAAAGAGAACCGCAGCACAUUUAUGCUGAACCCUUUGAAAUAUAUACACCAGCCCAAGCCCACCCCAUCUCUUCCCAUUAGAUUAGCUGUCAUUGGCCCUCCAAAAUCCGGUAAAACUACAGUUGCAGAGAUGUUUGCCAAAAAAUAUGGUUUGGCUAGACUUUCAAUUGGCUGUGCCCUUCGCAUGAUGCUGGAGACACAUGAACACACAGACCUUGGUGUUCAGAUAAAAAAUCAUCUCAACCAGGGCCAGGUUGUACCUGAUGAACUGGCCAUUCAAGCUUUAGAAAUUGUGCUAAUGUGCUCAGUUUACAAUGCUCAGGGGUAUGUCUUGGAUGGAUUCCCAGUGACCAUUAAGCAAGCACAGUUUAUGGCAUCUCGGAACAUCAUUCCUAUGGUUGUUGCAGAGCUUAAGUUAGACACAUUAGAAGUUUUGAAAAGAGGCCUAACAGACAAGAUGAAGCCUAAACCAUAUGUGAUGCACAACAGUGCCGAAAUCCUCCACAUCCGUAACUCCUGUUUCAAACAAGAAGCUAAGUUUGUUAGACAAUACUUCCAGCAACAAUGCAAAAACUGGAUACAACUGGAUGGGAUGAAGAGCAAGUGGUGGAUCUGGAAAAACAUUUUAAAGGAAGUUAGCAAAUGUGUGAAAAAUAUUCACAACUACCUGCAAAGGACACACAGUGGGAAAGCCGCCAGCAUAAAUAGGAUGUGCAUUACCCCAAAGGAGCUGCAGUAUCAGAUCGGGAGAUUUGGAUAUUACUGUCCUGUCUGUCUGGUCCUAGAGAGCCACCUAGUGGAGUGCUCUGAAACUCCAGAUUUGACUCAUGAUGCUGCUGAAUACAGGGGUUACUACUACAUCAUGUGUGGAGAAAAGCAUUUGGAAUUGUUCUUAGAAACCCCAGAGCAGUUUGCAGCUGCGGACAGUCCUCACACACUCCCACCUCCACACCUUCUGCCAAAAAAACUUAAUGGGAUACAAGUGAAAAACAAGUUCCCACAACAAGUAGAGUUGAGGGGUUUCUGUCCUGUCACCUAUCGUGAUGGAAAGCAAAGGUAUGAAGCUUUAGCUCGUGGAAACAUGGAAUAUGCUGUUGAAUAUCGUGAACGGAUCUAUGUCUUUGAGACUGAGCAGAAACGGGCAAAGUUUUUAAGGACUCCUGAAAUGUACUGGGACCAGAGGCUUCCUGAGAAAAUUCCUCCUCUCUGUGAACCUGUACCCCUUAGCUCCAUUCCAAAUUUAGGCUAUUUGGAACAGGGGGUUGCUGUAUCAGUCAUCAAGGCUGUGACUGCUGUAGGGUGUCUUAAACCGAAGUAUCCAUUUCUUAGUGUACAAACAUCUUCUCUCCUAUAUGUGGCCUACUAUCUGAAAGCGUUCAACCCUAAGAGCACAGACUAUGUUCGUCAGAAGUACAAGAAGAAGUUGGCUUUGUUUGAAGAGGAUUGUGCUCUUAUUCCCUAUCUGAUUUCAACCAUGCGAGGCGAUUACAAGCCUCUGAGUGCACAACCCAUAGACUUUGAAUUCAAACUCAACAAGUUUCUGGCUUUGGAAGACACACAAAGAAAAAAUGUUUAA